AUGCUGCAGCGGACAGACUUUGGCUUGCUGACGGCGUUCUACUUCGGUGUUCAGGGCCUGCUGGAGAUCUCGGAGACGACCGUCGGCUUCGUUGCGCACGCGUUGAACCUCCAGAUCGAGAUCAUGGAUGGCUCGAUGAAGACUUGCAGUGUGGCGACCAGAUGCUUCAAGAAGAUCCUGGGCGACGUCAAGACGGCCCCGGAGAUCCAGCACCUCGUGAUCGAGGGCCGCGGCGACUUGAGCAGCCUGGAUAAUGCGCGCGCGUUCCGAUAG